UAAAUAUAACAACAAUAUAUAUAAUGCUCCGGAGCAUUAUCAAUUUCGGAACCAUCAUUUAAGCGUCUUGCCAACUGUAGAGGGGGACUGAUUUUAUCACAUUUAACCUUAUAAUGUCCGCUCCGUCGCGAGAUAUUAACGAUUUGUUUGAUGAUAUAGUGCUAACCGAGGAGAAACACGCUCGCACUGGCUACGACGAAGGCUUGAAAGACGGCAAUUCGCAGGGGAACGAGGAGGGUUACAAAUUGGGCUACUCCCAAGGCGUGCAACUGGGCGAGGAACUUGGCAAAAUACUCGGAGAGGUGGUGGCUCAGCAGCAAUUUUCGCAUACGGAGAGAGUACGACGAACGCUUGACCAGCUGCGGUCCCUCAUUGAAGGAUUUCCACGCAAGAACGAUCCGGAAGCGGACAUUAUCGGAACCGUAGAAACCAUACGCAAUACACAUCGUCGCCUACGUGCCCUAUUGGGUACCAAAGGAACAGCUUCUCGUGAGCCAUCUCCUGCCAAUCGCAAAGACUAUAGUUUCUAGGCGUAAUGGCCAAAGGCGUGACUCAGCUGGAA